AUGAUAUUUGUUCCCAAACUGAUCCUUCUGUUAGAAAUUUUUUUCUCAAAAGUAUCUGUUUGGAGAAUAGCAUAUACCGAUGGCUGUAUUGCAAUAUUGGUAAUUAUGUACGCUGCAAUUACAGGUUUGCAUGCACAAUUAUUGUUAAGACAAAUAAGUGCAGUAUUUGUCGGUGCUGGAAGUGAUGUUGUUUGCUAUUUUGUUCGUGGUAUUCAAGAAGAAGCACCUCAAGAAUUCCGUGAUAAAUGCUUGCUGUUAACGCUAAAAAUGUUUGGCGAACAUUUAUCAUUAUUAGCUGUGAUAGCUACUUUUGUUGCAUUAAUCAGUUUAAGCAAUAUUUAUUAUGCUUUUAUAACAAUUAGAAAAUAA